AUGACCUCCUCUCGCAACUCGCCCUCCCGGGGUCGGAUUUCGUUGACUGCCCUUCCAGCUAGCGCGACCAAGCCUCCCGCGCUGCACAUGUCGGGCGGUUACACUAGCUUGCCCGGCGGCCCGCCUCCGGAGCCUCGAAGCUCCGGUGGGAACACGAAGUACCUCUUCCCCGGCGGCGCGCAGCCGGUGUCCUCCACCUCCUCUACGCAAAGCCGCAGCCGCCACUCCUCGGCGAACGUGAGCCCCAUACUGAGGCCGAGCGCGCGGAUCGACCGCACGAGCAGCGGACCCCACCGGUCCCUGCAGCCCGGCGUUCCCAGUGGCCCUCUGGCCGAAGCGCUGCUGACUACGGAGCGGCUGCGCGGAGCAAGGUUGGCCUUUGAGGCGAACGACAAGGAAACGAGCACCGCGGUGCACCAAAAGCUGGCGGACCACAUAAGGAACGGAACGCUGCCGCCGCCGCACGACGAGAAAACACUGUAUUCGGUGAAUUUGUAGAUCGCAAGAAGCUUUCGUUUUUUCUUGAUUUCGCAUAUUACCAAAGUCCAUCUUGUCUUUGCGACUGCAUCUUCCCCAACGGGCGCUGCGGGUUUCAUCAACUGAGUGCAACUAUCAUGUAUACUACUCAUAGACAUACAACUCUUAAACAUCAAUAUGAAUAUCGAAUUUGUACAGUGAAGAGGGCGAAUACGUGAGGCCAGCCGUGUUCGGCGGUCUCGACGGGAUCAGCACCAGCUUUGCGUUUCUGGCCGGCGCCGUUGGCGUCAACCUCUCCGUCUCCCAUUUAGUCGCACUUGGGCUCGCGCAGGUGUUUGCCGGUGCGUUCUCCAUGGCGUUUGGCGAGUACGUUUCCAGCAAAGCAGAGCGGCAAAUUGCGUUGCGCGAGUUGAACCGGGAAAAGUGGGAAGUGGAGAACUUUCCCGAAGGUAUGUAUUUUACAUACUGUUCGUGUACGAAGCGUGGUAGUUGGAUGUGGAUUUCGUCAACCUUUCUUUGCUUUCUUGGCCCUAUGAUGGGUACUUACAUGUUCGAUGCGUCCAAACAUCUUUUCUUUUUCACAAAGAAUGCAUUUAAAAUCCUUUCAGGCGAGAUCGCGGAGAUGAUUCAGAUCUACAUGCAGCACGGGCUGAACAUUGAGGACGCCCAGAAAGUGGCUUUCACGCUGUCCAAGUACCCGAAAUUUUGGGUGGAGCACAUGCUGCUCCAUGAAAUCGGCAUCCUUCCCCCCGACGCGGAUGAGGACGGGUGCUGGAAAUCGGCACUCGCCAUGUUUGUCGCCUUUGUGGUGUUCGGCCUCGUCCCGGUGGGGACGUACUUGCUCGUCGAGCUCCUGUUCGGCAAUGCUACCGUACAAAACUACGGCUUCCUCAUCAGCUGCGUCGCAAGUCUCGCGACCUUGUUUCUGCUGGGCUACUGGAAGAACAAGAUCGCGGAGUCGAGUCCCUGGAGCGGCGGCUGCUGGAUGCUGUUCCAGGGCGCGGUCGCGGGCACAAUAAGUUUCUUCAUCGGCGUGUACCUCGGUGGAGGCGACGGCGGUGGGGGACUCUCGCUUAGUUACUGAGGGCAAGCUUGUUGUAGUGACCAACGCGGUUGUUCAUGGCGCACUGACGGUAAGAACUUCUUGGCACAAAGUCCCGGCAACCACCAGUGAGGAAUACAAUCGCGGUUCUGGUGACGUGGGGUCGUGGAUUGUGUGCAAAAGUCUUCGCUUCAAAACAACUUACCCCGACCGCCUCAGCAUGAUCUGCGGACCAGGUAGUUGCAAGUUCCUGCUGACAAGAAAGACAAGAACGGAAGACGUGCCGCGCCGGCGCGACCGGCCGAGCACGGGGUGGCAACGCAAGGGAUCGGCUGAGCAUGAAACUUGCUGCGAAGAUAAAAAAGAAGUCGGCUGCGGCCUACUGCAUGGCAUAGUGCUGGAUGGAGCAAAAGCCAUGAUGCACAGGAGAGUCCCUUAUCUGCAGAACUGUUCGCAAUAAAGUAGAGUAAGUGCUGCCCUCUACCACUUCGAAGCCCACAGACAGCCCGGAAGACGAGAUGAGAGUGCUUGGUUAGAUCUCAGUUUUCGCCCUGUUGAGCCGCAUCGCCUAUCCGUGACUGACAAUAAGUGCAUAAGAACAAAACUAGGAGUGUGCUCGGAUUAUAUGAGACUCGACAUUCAAAGUGACUACCUUAUGUUUUUUUGAAGCGCCGACCGAGUACCAGUGAGGUUUUACUCUACCAAGUAGAAGAGAAAGAAUCGCAGUUAACAGCUUGUAUCGUUCACAGCGCAAAAAUAAAAAUGCCAAC